AUGGCCGGCUUGGCCGCCGCAGCCGCCCCGGCUCGGCAGGGCGGCGGCUGGACGCUGGGCGACUGCCUGGGCUGGGCGCUCCUGCCCGUGCUGGUACUCAUCCUGGCCCGGCCGGUGAAACUCGCCGCCUUCCCUACCUCCUUAAGCGACUGCCAAACGCCCACCGGCUGGAAUUGCUCCGGUUAUGAUGACAGAGAAAACGAUCUAUUUCUCUGUGACACCAAUACCUGCAAAUUUGAUGGGGAGUGCUUAAGGAUUGGAGACACGGUGACUUGCGUCUGUCAGUUCAAGUGUAACAGCGACUACGUGCCUGUUUGUGGCUCCAACGGCGAUACCUAUCAGAACGAGUGCUACUUGAGACAGGCGGCUUGCAAGCAGCAAAGCGAAAUCCUCGUGGUGUCAGAAGGAUCAUGUGCCACUGAUGCAGGCUCUGGCUCUGGGGAUGGAGGUAGUGAGGGGUCUGGAGAAACCAUUCAGAAGGAAACAUCCACCUGUGACAUUUGCCAAUUUGGAGCAGAAUGUGAUGAAGAUGCAGAGGAUGUCUGGUGUGUGUGCAACAUCGACUGUUCCCAAACCAACUUCAAUCCUCUCUGUGCUUCCGAUGGGAAAUCAUACGACAAUGCAUGUCAGAUCAAAGAAGCGUCAUGCCAGAAACAGGAGAAGAUUGAAGUCAUGUCUCUGGGCCGAUGCCAAGACAAUGCAACCACAACUACGAAGACAGAAGAUGGACAUUAUGCAAGAACAGAUUAUGCAGAGAAUGCAAACAAAUUGGAGGAGAGCGCCAGGGGAAUCUACACUCCUUGUCCAGAACAUUUCAGUGGCUUCUGUAUGCAUGGAAAAUGCGAACACUCGGCGAACAUGCUGGAACCGUCUUGCAGGUGUGAUGCCGGCUAUACUGGACAACACUGUGAAAAGAAGGACUACAGCGUUUUAUACGUGGUUCCCGGCCCAGUACGAUUUCAAUAUGUCUUAAUAGCAGCCGUGAUUGGAACUAUCCAGAUUGCGAUUAUUUGCAUCGUAGUACUCUGUAUUACAAGGAAAUGUCCCAGGAGUAACCGAAUCCACCGGCAGAAGCAAAACACAGGUCACUACAGCUCAGACAACACAACCAGAGCAUCUACCCGAUUAAUUUAAAAGAGCGCAUGUUUCCACAAUGGCAAAA